CUUCUGAACUCCUUCGGGUCGCCUCUCCGAGACGCAGGGCAGAGGUGCUGCCAGACGCCCCGAGAUCCGUGAGGUACAGUGGGAGGGGGAGCUGGCGCUGAGGAGGAGCCGCUGAGAAGCGCGGGCGUCGGCGUCCCGGCCGGCGGGCAGAGGUUUCAAACACCUGAAAGAAGAGGAUGUCAAGACGCAGUAGCCGUUUACAAGCUAAGCAGCAGCAGCAUGCCCAGCCCAGCCAGUCGGACUCCCCCCAAGAAGCGCAGAUAAUCCAAGCCAAGAAGAGAAAAACAGCACAGGAUAUCAAGAAGAGAAAAGAGGAGGUCACCAAGAAACAUCAAUAUGAGAUUAGGAAUUGUUGGCCACCUGUAUUAUCUGGGGGAAUCAGUCCUUGCAUUAUCAUUGAGACACCCCACAAAGAAAUAGGAACAAGUGACUUCUCCAGAUUUACAAAUUACAGAUUUAAAAAUCUUUUUAUUAAUCCUUCCCCUCUGCCAGAUUUAAGCUGGGGAUGUUCAAAGGAGGUCUGGCUAAAUAUGUUAACAAAAGAGAACAGAUAUGUCCAUGACAAACAUUUUGAAGUUCUGCAUUCUGACUUGGAACCACAAAUGAGGUCAAUACUCUUAGACUGGCUUUUAGAGGUCUGUGAAGUAUACACACUUCAUAGGGAAACAUUUUAUCUUGCACAAGACUUUUUUGAUAGAUUUAUGUUGACACAAAAGGAUAUAAAUAAAAAUAUGCUUCAACUCAUUGGAAUUACCUCAUUAUUCAUUGCUUCCAAACUUGAGGAAAUCUAUGCUCCAAAACUUCAAGAGUUUGCUUAUGUCACUGAUGGUGCUUGCAGUGAAGUGGAUAUUUUAAGGAUGGAACUCAUGAUACUGAAGGCUUUAAAAUGGGAACUUUGUCCUGUAACAGUCAUCUCAUGGUUAAAUCUGUUUCUUCAAGUUGAUGCCCUUAAAGAUGCUCCUAAAGUUCUGCUACCUCAAUAUUCUCAGGAUACAUUCAUUCAAAUAGCUCAGCUUUUAGAUCUCUGUAUUCUAGCCAUCGACUCAUUAGAAUUCCAGUACAGGAUUCUGGCUGCCUCUGCCUUAUGCCAUUUUACCUCCAUUGAAGUGGUUAAGAAAGCCUCAGGUUUGGAAUGGGAUAACAUCUCAGAAUGUGUGGACUGGAUGGUACCUUUUGCCAGUGUAAUAAAAAGUACUAGUCCAGUGAAGCUGAAGACUUUUAAGAAGAUAUCUAUGGAAGACAGACAUAAUAUCCAGACACAUACAAAUUAUUUGGCUUUGCUGAAUGAAGUAAACUAUGUAAAUACCUUCAGAAAAGGAGGGCAGUUGUCACCAGUGUGCAAUGGAGGCAUUAUGACACCACCAAAGAGCACUGAAAAGCCAUCAGGAAAACAAUGAAGUGAAACAAGUUGAAAAUGAACAAAUAUUGGAUAGAAAUGAACAACUCAGUUUUUCAGGAAAAUACUGCUGUGAUUGCCCUCAUCAACUCAGAAGUUACACUGCCAUAUUUUGUUAAGACAAUUGCUUAAAAUUGGCACUAAAUACCUAACAUGUAUGAGGCCCCGGGUUAGGUUAAUCUCCAGACAACAAAAAUUACCUUUAAAAUUUGGUACUAAAUAAAACAUUAUUUCCUACAAUAGUACCCAGCAGGAUUUGUUUAAAGAUGAUUUUGCUCUGAAGGUUACUAGCCAGCCACCACUUAUGCCAUGGCAAUUGUUUGUUCUUGUGUGUUUCUUAAAUUCAGUGUUACUAUAUUUAUCUUGAUGAACUUGGAAUUUCAGCACAGGCAUUAUGGACUAGACAAGUGAUACCUUAAAGUGUACAUUAAGUGACACAGUACUUUGAAGUGGCGUUUAUAGAUUCUCAAAAUGCCUAUGUUCUUAACCAGUGCAAUUUGGUUCUUGAAAAUAAAAUGUAAACUUGUUUACAAAAACUUAGUUUUAUAGUAAGGUGACGACUAAUUUAUCUACAACUGUUUUAACAAGCUAUGCUAAAACUUGAAUUUUUAUAAAUGCAAAAUUUAAUCUGU